CAGCGCUACCUUUAGUAAUGAACUUCUGGGCGCAGCAGAAGCGCGGAGUUGACGCCUUUAUUGGGGGUGGAUGUAACCGAGUGUGUGAAUACAUCAGCUUGUUGGCUGGAAAAUGGAAUCUGCCUGUCAUAUCAUGGGGGUGUAUGUCUGCUCAUUUGUCCAACAGAAACACUUUCCCAACAUUUGUACGGACUGUAGGUCCCUACACCAAAAUGGAAAAGUUGCUUAAACGUCUGAUGGAACAUUUCAACUGGAAACGAGUAGCCAUAAUCGCCUCCACCGACGACAUCUGGCAGAUCGCGGCUAAUCUUGUGAAGAUUGAGCUCCUGAAACACAAAAUUAACGUCGCCCACUUUCAUUCUUUUAUACCUGGUCGUCUUCAUAUUCUGGAGAGCAGGAUUGUAAGACACGCUGAUCUCAUUCGUAGAGCAGCAAAACGUGCAAUGAUUUUUAUACUUCUCUGCGAUGGAGGCGACAUCCGCGAAAUCAUGUUGAACUUUCUGGAUCUGGGGCUGUUAAACGGAAACUAUGCUUUCAUUACCGUCCACUUGCCCAAACGUUCUUACAUCGGCAACAACACGUGGAUGGGUAAUGACGGAAGAGAUAAUGACGCUAAGAAAGCUUAUGAAGGGGUAUUGAAUAUCGAACAGAAGUUUGGAACAGAGAAGCGUUCAGGCGCUAAAGUAUCGGCGUUUGUGGACCGCAUCAAGAAGCGAAUGAAACAAGAACCGUUUAACGUGGACUUUCCAGAAAACAGAACGGUGGAGGCGUAUGCAGGAACAAUGUACGAUGCCGUUUGGUUGUACGCCCUAGCUGUGAACGAGACUCUGGAAAUGGGGACAAGUAUUAGAAAUGGAUUAGAAGUCGCUAAGAGAACAUACAACAGACUUUAUGAAGGUAUCGCAGGCCCAGUGUACAUGGACAGAAAUGGCGAGAGAGAUCCUGAUUAUGUGAUUCAAACUCUGAUCGAUGACCGAUUUGAAGACAUCGCGUAUUACACUCGAUACAACGACAAUUUUACUAUCAGGGAGGGUGUGACCAUCGUUUGGCCUGGAGGGGUAACGACUGCACCGAAUGAUAGUCCCGAGUGCGGAUGGGACGGGGAGCUUUGUUUAACAGACAGCCAGGACAGCACGACUUAUAUCAUCAUAGCUUGCUGUACUGUGUUUGGAUUUGUCUUUGUCACGAUGGUUUUUGUCUUCGUUUACAGGAAGCUGAUAUUCGAGCUGGAUCUUGCCCAGAAUCAAACUUGGAAAGUCAAAUGGAGAGCUUGUUGUGGUUAAACACACGAAAAAGAAAGAUCUGAGAAUUUCCCGCAAAAUCCUGAUUGAAGUUAAACAGGCGCGAGAACUACGCCAUGAGAACAUUAAUCCCUUUAUCGGAAUCUGCAUCGACUCGCCUCAGGUCAUGAUUCUCUCCAAGUACUUGAAACGAGGCAGUCUUCAGGAUCUUUUGGAAAAUGAAGAUUUCAAGCUGGAAGAAAUUUUUAUCCUUUCUUUGGUUCGCGAUGUCGCGACGGGAAUGAUGGUGUUGCAUAAUAGUCCAGUGCAAGUGCAUGGUCGUCUCAAGUCCUCUAACUGCCUGAUUGAUUCGCGUUGGGUAUGCAAGAUUGGAGACUGGGGACUAAGUGAGCUUCGGUCACCAUUAGACCGCUGUCAAUUGCAAGAAGGGUCUGAGAAAUACAAUGAUAUGUUGUGGUGUGCUCCUGAACAUAUCAGUGAUGGCGAAAUGGACCACAGGGGAUCCCAGAAAGGAGACGUGUACAGCUAUGGUAUCAUUCUACAGGAAAUUGCCAUCAGAAAACCACCGUACAGCAUGUACACGUUUGAGCCUCAAGAGAUCAUUGCCCGUGUCAUGGCCCAUGAAGAUCCUCCAUUUCGCCCCGUGGUCGAGGAAAACGCCUGCAAAUCGGAAUUGCAGUCCCUUAUGACGCAGUGCUGGGAUGAUGAUCCUGACCGAAGGCCUCAUUUUAAUAAGAUCCUGGAUAGGCUCCGUAAAGUCAUGGGCAGGGACGUGAACAUUAUGGAUAACAUCAUGGCUCUUAUUGAGAGGCAUGCUGAAAAUUUGGAGGCACUGGUUGAGGAAAGAACACUGUUGUUGAUGGAAGAGAAGAAGAAAACAGACAAACUUCUUUAUAAAAUGCUACCAGUUGCUGUUGCAGAGCAGCUGAAGCUUGGUAAGCCUGUGACUCCAGAGUACUUCGACGAGGUCACGAUAUAUUUCAGUGAAAUAAUGGCGUUCAUUGAUCUGGCUUCAGAAAGCACACCAAUGGAGAUUGUUGCAUUUUUAAAUGACUUGUAUCUUGCUCUGGACAACAUUCUUGGAAACUACGAUGUUUUCAAGGUAGAAACAAUCGGUGAUUGUUUGUUGGUGGUGUCAGGCCUGCCAGUCAGGAAUGGUAACCGCCAUGCAGGAGAGAUUGCAGACAUGGCGUUUGACAUUCUGAGUCUAAUGACUCACUUCAAGAUUCGGCACAGGCCACGGAUGAAGCUGCAGCUCAGGGUUGGACUGCACAGCGGCUCCUGCGUAGCAGGUGUAGUCGGAAUCCACAUGCCACGGUUCUGUUUGUUUGGUGACACAGUAAACGUGGCAUCAAGGGUGGAGACCACUGGCCAGGCUCUCAAGAUCCAUGUGAGUGAAGACUGUUACAGACUUUUGAAGGAAAUUGGAGGAUACACAUUUCUGAAGCGAGGCGAGGUUUAUCUCAAGGGACGUGGUUUUUGGAAAACGUACUGGCUGAUUGGCAAAGAGGGAUUCAACAAGCCACUGCCUCACGCUAUGACGGCGAACUCAGAACCAUCUGUUGAAACUUUGAACAUUUACUACGCAAGUUAACUUAAGUCUUUUUGAGACCGUCUUCAUCGCAGGGGUUUAUCUAUUGAUAUCACUUCAACCUUCCUCACAUUUCACAAAAGAUGGGCAAGUUUAAUUUAACCAAACUGAGAAAAAUGUUGAUUUCGUCAUCCAAAUCAAAAUUGCUCAUGGGUGGUGGCUGAUUGAGCUGUUUUCCUGUAUCAUUUAAAAUCAGGAGUGACUGUAGAACCUUUAACACUUGAUUUUCUUUUUCAUCAGUAUCUCUAAGCAUUUUAGCUCCACAGUGCGCGGACAGUGGGGUGGUUUAAAUUAAUCAGUGAAGUUCAGUUGGCAUAGCCUAGGUUCCAGUCCUCUCUCCUUGUGUCACCUCAUUCUAUUGCCCAGUUCCUCUCUGCCUUGUAUAUAAAUAUUUUUGUGCUCUCAAUUACGAGCCUAUCCAAUGAUAGUUUAGAAAGUACCAACUCAUUCGUAGAACGAAACACAAUAGUUGGGCAAACAUAAGCAAAGUCAGCUUUAGUUUUCUGUUCCUUUUGUUUUGAGCAACUUGAUGGAAUUAGUGUAGAUUACAUUAUUAUAACUUCAUGGAGGGAUUGAAGAUGGCUGCUGUUGUUUUUAAUAAUCAGAUAAAUUAUAGCCAUGUAAACAUUUGUUUAUUCCUUAAUUAUUUGGAGAUUUCAUCAACAGCUUAAAUGGGGAAAUGUCAGUAUAUGGGCAACUACCCACCCCUCCUCUAACCCAACAACAGUCAGCUGACAACAACUUAGGGUUAAUGUAGGCUUAGGGGAGGGGUAGGUGUACAGUUUCUCAAAUACUGACGUGGAUCUGCCGUAAUUAUAUAAAGCACAAUAAAUUAAACACCAAAAACAAGAGUUAUCAAUGUA